AUGGACCAACGGCCAGCACCAGAUUUCACCAUAUCACGGAAAAAUUCUACCUCGACAGGAGCUGCAAAAAGACCAAAACUAACAAAAACAAGUUCAACGCCUGUUAAUGCAACAGGUAGAGGUGGUGGUAAACGUGGUGGUAGUAUUGGUGCGGCUUCAAAAUCUACAAGAGGCGGUGGACGUGGAGGAACCACUAGAGGCACUACACGAGGCAGAAGGGGAAGCGCCGGUGUCGGUGGAGGGCGUAAAUUGAGUAUACAACGUCAACAAUUAACCUCCUCACAAAGAACUCAGCAAGACAACUUUGAUGGAGCGAUUUCAUCUGUUACAACGCCUGCACCAAGUACAACACCUUCUACGCCUCGUGACGCUUAUUUUUCUGUACCUCCAACACCCGGCUCAGAACUUGAUCAAUAUACGUUUGAAAAUGAUCUUGCAGAAGCUGAGGAACUCAAAAUGUUAUUGGAUAACUUUUCUGAGGAACAAUUAAAACGAUAUGAAGUUUACAGACGUUCGGCGCUAAGUAAACCAAAUAUGGUUGGGCAAAUACUUGGUCAUCCAUGUUCACAUAACAUGUCAAUAGUUGUAGCUGGUUUUGCCAAAGUUUUCGUGGGUGAAAUUAUCGAGAAAGCUCUUGAUGUUAGACAAGAAUGGGGAGAAACCGGUUCUCUAUCACCAGAACAUUUACGUGAAGCAUAUCGAAGAUACAAAAAAGAUACAAAGUUGACAACACAUAAUUAUCAGAAGAGAUUAUUUAAUAAAUAA